AUGAAGGUCUUGCGAAACAACGAGGUUUUUUUUACUUAUUUUAUUGGAAAAACAGAAAAUUCAGGUCAAUUCGAUAAUAACUUAUUUAUUUACACUUAUAACACUUUACUUCGCUUUUGCUGCCGUUUUGGGACAACCAGUAUGUAAGUUUUGGUUUCAAAUAUUAAACUCUUUUGUCCUUAAUAAUCUUCAAGCUGAAUAUUCAAUCAAAAAUUUUUAAAGUUUGCUUACGUAAUUCCAGGUGUGUUGUUUCAUUUUUUUAAAAUCAUUUUUUUGCUAUCUGCUUGUGAAUUUCAAUAUUCUUGAUUCCAUCAUUAUCUAUAAAUUUCCAGUCGACCCUCUUCAUGAACCCGAUUCCCACAGCGAAGAAAAUGACUCAAAAACCGUUUUCUUGGCCUUUUUCCUUGUUAACAUCGCUGUUGUUUCCAGUUGGAUAUCUUCGAUUUGUCGGCUUCCAACUCUUUUCGGUACCUUCGAUUUUCUAUCAGUAUUUUAUAUUUAAUUCAAGGACCGCUACUAAUGGGAAUCGUCAUUCGUACGAUUCCAGCUCUGAAUUCGCUGUUCAUCUUACCGCCAUAUUGGGAUUUGAUACUCAGAAAACUCGCCUUCGUUAAUAUUAUUGUCCGUUGGGGGCUCGGAAUCAAUGCUCGUUUCAUCGCGAAUAAUCGGGUAUAUUUACGAAACUGUACAGUAUCUCACGGAAGAUAUUGAAAUUUGAACGUGAGACAGUUUGUAUUGAAAUUCGUACUGGAAAAAGUUAAUUAUUUUUUCCUUGUGAAUUCAGUUUUUGAGUUUUAUUAUUAGUAGAAAUGAGAAAGUUUCAUCUCAAAAUCAAGAAAAAAAUUCAAAAGUAUCAAUACAUCUUACGUAGAUAGUAGAAGUCCAUUCAUAGAAAGCUCAACUGGAAAAACAUCAGCCAAUAAUUUUUUGGACUUUUCUGAAAUUUGUAACUAGGCUCGACUUUCUGAAUAGUCUUGUUUUUUGAGGCCUUCCCGAUUGCCUUGGGAUUGACGGCUCUAGCUGAGGCUUUGGUCUUGACUGUCGCCGCGUGGCUUCUACUUGGACUCUCUUUCACUAUGGCUUCUCUUUGCGGGUUUUUUUCUUUUUCAAGCGUUCCAUUGAAUACAUUUGGAGUUUUGAAUUUCUACGGAAAAAUAAUUUCUUGACUUUCAAGACAUAAUUUCCUUCCUUAGACUUGCUGUGGCCACCGUCUCCCCAGCGAUCACAGUCCCGUCAAUGAUAAAAUUUCGAGAAGGAAACAUUGGAAUUAAAAAGGUAUCCUGACUUUUCUUUUUCUUCAUGAGCUGAGGUUGAAGAGAAUUCCUGACAACGUUCUGGCGGCCUGUUGUUUCGACAAUCUGUCUUGCAUGUCUUUGUUCAUGAUUAUCGCUUCCAUCACGUUUUUCUGACGGUGAUUUUUUUGUUCAAUCAUAUUUAAUUUUUUUAAUUUUUUCGAAUUCAAGUGUCACCGAAAAUCACGAUCCUGUACAACUUGCUCUCUUUAGUUCUGGCCACUGCAGUUGGAGUUUUGGCUGGUUUUUUCGUCCAAAGAAGAAAAUUUCAUUAAAUAUUUAGGUGUCAUAUUAUGGUACUUUCCAAGCAAUUCCUUCUCCAAUAUGCAGUUUUCUCGAUCUUUACUACUGGGAUCACUCUGCACCGCUGUUAUUAUGGGUAACUAGGUUUAUUAAAAGGAAAAAGUGUCAUUUUCAGGGUCGAUAAAACUGAAGUAUCCCUGCGCAGGAAUGCUAUGCGGAGUUUUGAUUUGCUGCGUGGCGCCGUUGAGAUGGCGAGAAGACAAUGAGAAAAAAGUUAACUUUUGAGAAAUUACCCGAAAACUUCUUACGUUGCAAGGCGAUCCCUGUCGAAACGACUUUCCGAAUUUUGUGGGACUUUUUCUCGCUUCCAAUUCUGUUCAUCCUUCUUGGCAUGAAGUUGGACGGAGAGCUGGUAUUGCGAUAAUUCAUUCCAGUUUCCAGAUUCUCUUUCAGUUAUCCGCCAAAAUCGUCGGAAUCAGCGUCGGAAUUAUUCUGAUCGGUCUUCUUGCUCGUGUUGCUCUUGUCUUUCUCGCCGCUUCAUUCUUCCCAUUCAAUCACAAAGACCGUCUUCUCAUGGGUUUCGCUAUGCUUCCUAGAGCUACACUCCAAGUGUCACUCCUGAAGAUAUUUUUUUCCUUAUUUUCGGAUUUUAAGGCGGACCUUGGACCCACCUUGGUUACAAUGGCUCACUUGGUUCCUCCAUAUCUGCCAGAAGCAAAUACUGUAAGCGCUAAGUCCAUUUGAAAAGAAGUUCAGAAAAGAACGUCGUUACUAAAAGUCGUUUUCCGUAUUUGUAGUUAUUGCGAGCCUUCCCUUCACCACUACUUUUGAAUUUCUACUACUGAAAAGAUUUUGCAUCUUUAUUUUGACCACAUUAAUUUCAAGCCAAUUUAUGCUGGAACAAGUAAAUUGAAGGUUCUCCAAGUUUGUAUAAUCUCCGUUCUGCUCACAGCUCCGGUGAUGGACUUCAUCAUCGCGUUAACGGGACCACGGCUACUAGCUGAACUUCCUGUAUAUGAAGUCAGUCAUUGUAUAAUUAUCUGAAGUCUUUAGGCAUUCAGAAACUUUAUCAGAGUUAAAAGGAAUGCUGGAAAAGUCGGUCAGUUCGGUAACUUUAACUUUUUAUUGACCAUUUUUUGAAAAUUUUUUUUUUAAUUUUUAAAUUUUUUGAGUGUCUAAAAUGCUUAGAAUUCUCGAUUGUGGUUAGUUUUAAAGUUUUGAAAAACGAAAUAUUGGCGGCCAAAAAAAUUAAAGAUUUUUUUGUUGUUUUUUUCCAUUAACUCGAUUUCAACCUUUUCAACUUAACCAUAAAUCGAAACAUGUUAAUUGCGAAACAGUGUUAAUUAAGAUUUGAAAGCAAUGAAAUAGAAAAAGCUCAGAAAAAAAGUUUAUUUUUAUGAAUUUAAUGACCAUAAUUUUUUUCAAAACUGGUCAUACUGUGGAGAAAUACGCACUUUAAAACCGUUAACACCAUAAAAAAAACCCAAAAACUUUUUAAUUUGUGAAAACUUAAAAAUUAGGCAUCCUGAAAAAGUGGCCGACUUUUCCAGUAGCCGAGUUAAAAAAUGUUUUUUUUUUCAUUCGUAGUUUCAGGCUCAAGAGCGAGAAGACGUCGUAGAGCAACUGGAAUCGAAAAAAGAUAUGACGGAGAGCGAAAAGCAAACACCAACAGCCGAAACUAUUAGUAGCGUAUAA